AUGGCAGGAGUGAGGCCCCAAAGCAAUAGAGCUGACUCUGGACUCAAUCCUUCCGAUCGCCAUCCACUCCAACUAGACCAGCCUGCUCCACACGACCUGGAAGGGCCUAUGCAGCCUUCCAGUGACAGGUUUAUCUCCGUGUUCUCACCCACCAGGCCGCUUGGGUCUGCACUCCUGGACUUGCCCCGGGAACACAUAGUCAUCGAGCCAGGAUCCAUCAGUCCUUCUUCGGUAAGGGACAGUGAGGUUUUGGAAUCUGCCUCUCCCUCAGGGAGGCCAUGGAUGAAUGCUCCAGCUGGCCUGAUCCCAGGGCUUCAUCUCUCUUCUUCUUCAUUUCAGGGUCCAGUCCCAGAUUGCUGGAGUCCUUCAGACUCUCCGAGUGCAGAGAGCUAUGAUCCGUGGUCCAACUGGAGCCUUAAAGGCAGCAUGCUGGAGCCCCUUCCAGGCUCGCCACUGCAGCCUCUCCCUCCAUCUCCUCCUUCAAGUGCACAAGAAGAGCGGUCACUGAGUCCUGUGAGACCUACUGGUCCCCCAUGCAAGGCCAGGAGGCGCCUCUUCUAG